GGCAACAGGCAGCCCAGAACUCGCACCCAACUCCCGAUCCCGCCCCAGUCGACCGACCAACGCCGUCCCUUCUCGUCGAGCCUCGCCCUCUCCGUACCGGCUAACCCUAGCAGCGGCACGCGGGCGACGGCGAGUGGCGGAGGGCUGGGCGGAGCGAGCGCGACGGCCGAGGGCUUCAGCGGCCUCCCCCUUUCUCCGGCUACGGCGCGGCGGCGCAGGCAAUCAUUGAUUUUGUUGCAAAAUGGCCACGGAAGCUACUUUGAACAAUUCUAGUGGUUCUGAGUCUACAAUGUCUAUGCUGGAACAGCUUGCUGAAGUAUUUGGCAAGUUGAAAUCCCACACUGAAGCAUCUCUACAGUUGCAGAAUGGCAUGAAUUGGGUUGAUAUCAAAGAAUAUUUCCUCAAUGUUGAUAAGUCGUACAGAAGCAAGUUUGAUGAACUAGUAGAGAAGCAGAAGGCAUUAGAAGAAAAGAAAACCGAAGCUGGUAGGCUGAUUGCCGAGAAAGAGGCUAAUGUUUCUGCAAAAGAGCGAGCUUCCUUGAACCAGCUUCAGGAGCUAAGAGAUGCUGCUGUCUCUUCUCUAGUAGAAGUGCGCCAAAAAUAUAAGGUGGAGCUUGCUGAGAUACUUGAUGCCAAUGGAAGCAAAGACAAAAAGGUAAGUACCUCAACCAAUGGCAACAAUGCAUCUCAUGCUUCAGAGGCAAAUACCCCUGCUAGUGGGUCAGGCGACCCAUCUGAAGCUUCACCUGUUGAGGUUAAGCCUCGUCCUGUAUUGAAGGAACUAUGUGAGCAGAUGGACACCAAAGGCCUUCUGAAAUUCCUUUCAGAAAAUUGUAAAAAACUUGCUAGCCUUCGUGAUGAACUUUCUGUUGCACUAAGAUGUGCAACUGACCCUGCCCGCCUUGUGCUUGAUUCCCUGGAGGGUUUCUUCCCACCAGACCAAACCGAUUCGCCUGGGAAUAAACAAAAUGCCCUUCAGGUCCAGCGCAGGAGCUGUAUUGUUUUAAUGGAAGCUAUAGCACCUGCACUAGGGGCUAAGGAGCAAGGUGGCAAUGACCCUUGGAGCUCUGAAAUUAAGGAGCAAGCCAAGGCAAUUGCCGAAGAGUGGAAGAGUAAGUUAGCUGAGGUUGACCUAGAUGCUUCUAAUGGUUAUUCAUUGGAAGCACAGGCACUCCUGCAGCUUCUUACAACUUUUAAUGUUGAUUCGGUGCUUGACGAAGAUGAACUAUGCAAGAUCGUAGUUGCUGUCUCUCGUCGCAAGCAGACUGCUGUGACCUGUCGCUCUCUUGGUCUUAAUGAGAGAAUACCAGGUAUCAUUGAAGAAUUGGUUAACAGGCACAGGCAAAUUGAUGCAGUUCAUUUCAUACAAGCUUUCGGGCUUUUGGAGACCUUCCCCCCUGCACCUCUGUUAAAGACAUAUGUAGAUGAAUUAAAAGAUACAUUUGACAAUAAUGGGGAUGCCAGUGCAACCUCUUCAAAGGAUGACCCUAAGACCAAGGAGCUACUUGCUUUGAGGGCCGUAAUAAAGUGCAUUGAAGAGUAUAAGCUUCAGAAGGAGUAUUCACUUGGCCCUCUCCAAAAGCGUGUCUCUGAGCUGAAGCCUAAGAGUGAGAAAAGGCCAUCAUCUGAUGCUGGGCGUGCUUACUCAAAGAAGCCUCGAGGCCCUGGCCCUUCAUUUCCUCGGAGACCAGCUGGUCCUGUUGGUUCAGCUGCUCGCAGACCUCCAUUUCCAGUCAGUAACUGGCAGCGUGCUCCUGCUCCAAUGCCCUCCCGUGCUCCCGCACCAAUGGCUCCUCUUCCUGAAAGAUAUGGAGCUGCUGACCGGUACCACUACACUCCACCAGCCACUGCAUAUGACACGGGGGCAUUUUCUUCCUACGGUGAACCAUUCAGUGCCCCCAAACCGUUUCAGUACACCCCAGGGUCAGUGGCAGCAUCAUACAAUUCAAGUCCCUAUAAAGUUGCUUACGGUGGCCCAGGAGCGCUGCCAGGUGCAAGUGGAUAUGCAGGUUACUCGGGUGCUUCAGGGCCGUCUGCCUCCAGCAGCUACACAAACUAUUUAGGAUCUGGUUAUCGCCCUACCCAGCAGCCAUAGAUUGACUUUUCUCAAAAUGCUCUCCUGGUGAUGCAGGAUAUGGCAACCCGACUCCCCGUCAAACUGGGAUGUAACUUAUUCUGUUCCUCAUCCAUAGCAGUGGGUUUUGUAGGUGUAACUGAUGUAGAGUUUCUCUCAAAGCCUGUGUGGGGCGGGAUCAAAUUCUAAGGCACUCAUGCCCUGCUACAUGUACCUUGCACGCUGCACUCAUUUUUUUGCUUCGUGCUGUAUUCCUGACUUGUCGAGUGUUUUGUAUCUUCUGUCGCCCAGUCUCCUGUGAUAACAUUUUGCUGCUGUUGAGAUUUAGUUGCAAAAGCCAAAA